GUCACGGUAACACUCCUACGUUAGUUUCGAAAAAAACAAAACAGGGGCUACCUUCUCCCCAACGCACCCGCACCACGUUCGUUUUCCACAAUGACUAUCAAGGCAGUCUUUGUCGACAUGGAUGGCACCCUCUUCGACAAAAGGCACCGUAUAAGCCCCCGUUCCGUUGAGGCGAUUCGUGCACUCAAGGCGAAAGGUGCGUUUUUUAUCGUCGCCACCGGCCGACCGUUUCCUGACGUUUUCGGCACCCUCGGCAACGCGAACCUUCACCCCGACUUCAUCGUCACCAGCAACGGUUCUCGCGUGCACGACGCGCAGCACGAAACGGUCUUCCAGUGCGAUUUGGACGCAGAAGCGGUGUGCCGCAUCUUUCAGCUGUCCCCGCACCUUACGGCGGAGGGCGUGGUGGACCCCGCUGCCCCAAAGCGGCAAAUUUACUACAACGUCAACUGCAAAGAUCGCUGGUUGACAAACGAGUGCCUCUCCUCCGUGCGAGCGGCGUUCCACCCGUCGUACUUGUACGAGCAGGUGGACCCCAUGGCGUUCACGCCAGCGUCGCUGCAAGGCACCCAUGGCAUAUGGGUCAGCGGAGCGCAUGAGGAUCUGAACUGCGUGAGGAAGUUUAUCGAGCGCGAGUUUGACGGUGUCGUUUCGUGCACUUUUGCGCUGCCGCACAUCUUGGACAUCUUCCCCGCCGGGAUGAACAAGGGAGUGGCGCUGGCGCGUGUGUGUGAGAAGCUGAGUGUUUCGCCCAGCGAGGCGAUCGCCUUUGGGGACGGCAUGAACGACCUGCAGAUGCUGCGGGCCGCCGGCCACGGUUUCGUAAUGGCGAACGCGGCACCGAUGGUGAAGGAGGCGGCGACGGGCUUGCCUGUAAUUGACUCCAAUGAUAAUGAUGGCGUCGCGAAGAAAAUUGAGGAGCUCCUUGCUGCCGGAGCCUUUCAGUAG